AGUCUUUUGUUGUCUUUUUGCUUGACUUUUCGGUAAAUGCUAAACAAACUGAUUUUUACCGGGAUCAAAAUAUUAAAAUGAGUGAAAUUAGGGGCAAUGACAACCUGGAAAGGCUGCGCAACUACAUCCUGUGCCCGGAGCUGUCUCUCCACGAUCCGUUGCCGGAUGUUUUGCCCCGGCAGUUUGACGCGAUGCGCCUGUUGCAUGUGCCCCGUUGUCCGGGGAGUACCAAGUUGGCUCCUCGCCGGGAUCAAAGUGGUCAGAUUUUGGAAUUCGUUGAGGUGGAUCUGGAGGAUGUGGGCGCUAAUGCCAACAACUCGAUGUCCAUGCAGCGCGAGCCGGGUUUGCUGGAAGAGGCGACUCGUGGCUCCCACUCGAAUUUUCCCUUCUGGCCAGGAGGUUUCGAUGAACAGCGCCAGCAGAUCGCCGAACUAGACGUGGACAAUUUCCAGUUCGGAGACAAAUUGCUUACAGUGCCGCCGGGCUUUACCUCUGGUUACGAUUUCUCCCGAUCGCAGCCUGUUUCGCUGCCGCCUGUGAUAUCCGACCCGAGUAAUGUAGAUCUGCUAGAGAAUCUGGAGCAGGAUCUGGACGUUAAGGAGUGGAUCAAGCUUACGCGCACUGAAGAACCAAGCACGUCUGGCGUCCCUCCUAAUCCCAACCAGCGUAAUGUGCAAUUUCCCACGGAGGAGUUCAAAGAUGUGGACGACCAGAUCAUGAAGGCAGACUUAAAACCUGUGCUCAACAUCUCGACCACCACGAAGAACUUCAAGAGCGACUGGGCCGUGAUGGUAGACAUUAGUCAGCCGAUCAACGACUUUAAGGAGCAGAUACCCUGCCCGGCCAUGGAGUUCCCCUUCGAACUGGACGUCUUCCAAAAGCAGGCCAUUCUCAAGCUGGAGCAGCGUCAGUACGUCUUUGUUGCGGCACACACUUCGGCGGGAAAGACCGUGGUAGCGGAAUAUGCCAUCGCCCUGUCCAAGCGGGAUCUCACCCGCACCAUAUACACGUCGCCGAUCAAGGCACUGUCCAAUCAGAAAUACCGUGACUUCCGCAAAACCUUCAAAGACGUUGGUUUGAUAACAGGAGACCUGCAGAUAGAUCCCACUGCCUCCUGUCUGAUCAUGACCACCGAGAUUCUACGAUCUAUGCUUUACUGCGGCAGCGAAGUUACCCGAGACCUGGAGUGGGUGAUCUUCGACGAGGUGCACUACAUCAACAAUCCGGAGAGAGGUCAUGUGUGGGAGGAGGUGAUUAUCCUUCUGCCGGAUCAUGUCAACAUUAUUAUGUUGAGUGCCACAGUGCCGAAUACGUUGGAAUUGGCCGAUUGGGUUGGGAGCACCAAGAAGCGGAAGGUGUAUGUGAUUAGUACGCUGAAGAGACCAGUGCCUCUGACGCACUUCCUCUACACGGGAGCCGGUGGUAAGAGUCGGGACGACAUCUUCCUGCUGGUGGACGCCCAAGGCAAGUAUCUGCAGGGUAACUACGAGAAGGCCGUGGAACGCAAGAAGGAGAUGCAGGGCAAAGCCAAGGGCGGCGGCGGAGGAGGCGGUGCAAAGAACUAUGUGAACGCCAAACAAGACCAGUAUACUUGGAUCGGCUUGAUUGACUUCCUGCGGCGCAACAACAAGAUGCCCGUUGUGGCUUUCACGCUGUCCCGAAAUCGAUGUGACGCCAAUGUGGCCGCCCUGCAGUCGGUGGAUCUCAAUACGGAAAGGGAGAAGGGCGCCGUACAGAAGUUCUUCCUGCAGUGCCUGGCCAAGUUGAAGCCCCCGGAUCGCACCAUCCCUCAGGUGCUCGUGCUGAAGGACGCUCUGGAGCGAGGCAUUGGGGUGCACCACAGCGGUAUCCUGCCGAUUCUCAAGGAGAUCGUGGAGAUGCUUUUCCAGAAUGGGCUGGUGAAAUUGCUUUUCGCUACGGAGACUUUUGCCAUGGGAGUCAACAUGCCCGCCCGCACGGUGGUUUUCGAUUCGUGUAAAAAGUUUGACGGUUUGGAGAUGCGCAACCUGAAGCCGGGAGAGUACAUCCAAAUGGCAGGAAGGGCAGGACGUCGUGGGCAUGAUGAGACGGGCACAGUGAUUAUUCUGUGCAAGGGCAAUGUGCCGCCAUCGAUGGAGCUGCGCCCGAUGAUUCUCGGCCUGCCCGAGAAGCUGCAGUCGCAGUUUAUUCUGCGCUACGCGGUGAUCCUCACCUGCCUGCGCAUCGAGAGCAUUAAGGUGGAGGACAUCAUGCAGUUCAGCUUCAAGGAGUUCAACCAGAAGCUACAAUUGCCAACGCAGCAGAAGCAGCUGCGUCUCGCUGAGGAUAAGUUCGCCAUGCUACCAACUCUUGGUGAGCACCUGCAACCGCUUGUUAACUUCUACGACAAGGCUGUGGAGUAUUGGAAGGAAAAGCACCGAAUAAUGAAAUUGAUUGUUACUCAGCCAAAGAUCCAAAAGGAGCUGAAAGUGGGCCGAGUUAUUGUAAUUACUCAGGGCAAGCACUACAACAAGCUGGCCAUUCUACUCAACACAAAAUCUGUCCCCGGAAAGGAUACCAUCUACAAGGUGCUAGUGCUGGAUCACCAGUUUAAGUCAAAAGAUAGCGACAGUCUGCAGCGGGGCGAGCUCUACUACAAAAUACUCUCUCUGACGUCCAAGCACAAAACCUUCCAACCUGAGGGCAUUGGAGGCCACACUGUGCUGGACAUCAAGGCCAUGGAUAUCAUCAGUAUCACGAAGACUGCAUUUAAGGUUGAGGCAGAUGUGAUUAUCCGAAACUGGGAGCAGCGGCAGCUGGAGCGCUUCAAGGACACCCCGCCCGGGGGAACUGUGGUGAAGGCCGUUACCGAAUUGCACCAGCUGAAUGAAAGCUAUAUUGCCAAUCCGGAGAACAUCAAGUACGUCAACCUGGCCAAGGAAAUAAAUGUUAGCGAUGUGACCGUGCUAAACUUCGUCGAUCAUCUGCUUCGCCAAGUGGGCGAAUUCCUGCCGCACACCAACAUCGCCGGCUUUGAGCAGGAGUUUGCUAAGGUCUACGAGCGCCGCAUGCUUGAGAUCCACAUCGAGGAGCUACGCUUCAAGAACUCUGCCAAGAACCUAACUCUCUAUCCGGACUACUGCAACAAGUUGCAAGUGCUUCGGGACCUAAAGUACAUUGAUGAACUGGACGAGGUCACGCUGAAGGGCAAAGUGGCUUGUGAAAUGGGUCAGAAUGAGCUGCUGAUUACCGAGCUAAUCCUGUGCAACAUGUUCAACGAUCUCGAGCCGGCUGAGAUUGCCGCCCUGCUUUCUGGUCUAGUAUUCCAGGCGAAGAUCCAAGGCGAUCCGGUCAUACCAGAGCCGCUGAAAAAGUGCGUGGCGGCCUUUGAGCAGAUUAACGAUACUAUUUUGGCUGUGGAACAACCCCUCCAAGCUGCAAUCAACUCGGAGAAUCGUUUAAACUUCGGACUGCUCGAAGUGGUCUACGAAUGGGCUAGAAACAAGCCAUUUGCUGAGAUUAUGAAGCUUACUGAAGUGCAAGAGGGCAUCAUUGUGCGCUGCAUUCAACAGCUGGACGAAACCCUGCGCGAUGUGAAAACUGCUGCCAUACGAAUCGGCAAUCCUGGACUGCAAUCCAAGAUGGAGGAGGCUUCGGCGGCCAUCAAGCGUGACAUUGUGUUCACCGCAUCCUUGUACACAGAACUGUAAUUAAAACGAAGCUGGCCCAGCCAACAUGAGAAGAAAGA